AUGUCUGAAGGCGUGUGUUUUGUACUCACAGUAAUGCUAACUGUAUGCUUUGGAGAACUGCCUGUGAAGGAGUAUGUUUAUCCGAAAAUUCUCCAAGCGAGAGGCGCAAAUGGCGAGAAGAUGCUCCACAUUCGAGACGGGCUUACUCUGAGCUUAGAAAAGAGCAAAGUGUUCGCCGGAAACUUCAGUUUCACCAAGGGCGACGAUGUGAAUGACUCCAACAGUUCUCUGAAUGUCAAGGAAAUUGAAGAGAGUUUGUACCAGGACAGGAAACACGGCUCCUCCGUUGUGGUCCAAGAAUCGAAUGGAUAUGUCCAAGUGACUGGUAUCCUCACAGACACUUUAUCAAUCGAGCCAGUUUUAUCGAAUCAACGAUCGAAAGACGGAAUCGUUGCUCACCUGAUAUCAAAGUUAAAUGAUUCGUCCAUCCCAAUGUAUGCUGAUUAUGUUCAUUACACACACUUAGCCGAACGAGAAGCAAGGGGCGACAUCCACAGAGCUCACUACUGGCAACCCAGAGGUGGAUCCUCAGAUGCUUCACCUCUACGAGGCAAAACAAGGGCUGCUAAGAAGGCGGAGGUUGAGAAAAUUAAUCGAAAACUGAAGGCCAAUAUCGCGCAGAUCAUAAGGCAGGCGGAGGUGUACGCCGAAAAAUGGGAAGCAAAACUGUAA